AAACGUUGGGCAGCUGGCUCUUUGGUCUAUGUAACUUGUUUAUCAUUGUAUCGUUUAUUUCUAAAAACACUUUUUAAAAAUAUGUGAUUCAUAUAUAGUAAACGUCUGAUUUUUAAAGGAAAACGAAGAUUAAAAAAAAAAAUAACUAUAAAUUAUUGAAACUAAAAACAGGCAUCCUUGAUGGUCACCCGGAGGUCCUGCUCCCGCAGCGAGUUAACACGUGAUUUCCAUGCAGCGGAAGUGAGCGGCGGCGUGUUAGAGUUCAAUCGAGAAGUUUCUUUUUAUUUAUUAGACUACUACUAUCAAAUUAUCGAAACAUGGAUGACGAAGAGGAGACCUACAGGCUGUGGAAAAUCAGGAAAACCAUCAUGCAGCUGUGUCACGACCGGGGCUACCUGGUGACGCAGGACGAGUUGGACCAGACUCUGGAGGAGUUUAAGAACCAGUUCGGGGACAAGCCCAGCGAGGGGCGGCCCCGGAGAACCGACCUCACCGUGCUGGUGGCUCACAACGACGACCCUACAGACCAGAUGUUUGUCUUCUUUCCAGAGGAGCCCAAGGUUGGGAUCAAGACUAUCAAGAUGUACUGUCAGAGGAUGCAGGAAGAGAACAUCACCCGAGCCUGCAUCGUGGUGCAGAUGGGAAUGACUCCAUCCGCCAAACAGUCGCUGGUUGACAUGGCACCCAAAUACAUCCUGGAGCAGUUUCUACAGCAGGAGCUGCUUAUUAACAUCACAGAACACGAGCUGGUUCCAGAGCACAUAGUGAUGACAAAGGAAGAGGUGACAGAGUUGCUUGGCCGAUAUAAACUGAAGGAGAGCCAGCUCCCUCGCAUCCAGGCCGGGGAUCCAGUGGCGCGGUACUUUGGGCUAAAGCGAGGACAGGUGGUGAAGAUCAUUCGACCCAGUGAGACAGCUGGGAGGUACAUUACCUACAGACUAGUGCAGUAGGGAACAGCACGGCAAACACCACACCCGGUGUACUAGAAGUAUCUAUUACCUGUAUGAAUAUACUGCGAUGUCCCCAGAGUGUAACAGUGAUACUGUUGUUUUGCUGUUUGGGUACUACAGCUGCUUAUGCAGAGGAGCUUACAUCAUCCCUUAGCUUUUGAAGACAGCACCAGAUUGAUCACUAUAAUGGCUCCUCAGUUAGUUCUAUAACUGACGUGUAGCAUUGUAUUCUCUCCUUUGUGUAUUCAUUUUUUUUUUUUUUUUUU